CCGUGAGCAUUGGACAAGCUGUUUCACGCAAGAAUGGCGAAUACUGAAGCUACACUCGUCAGUCCGCACUCGCCACACUGAGUGUUGGACUGGGGAACGUUUUCUGGCCAUACAAAUUGUCACAGCCGGAGAGAUUCGCUCUCCGUCCCGACCCAGGCUCGUCCCCUGCCUCCUGGGGAGAAUCUCUCGCUUCCUCGUUCACUCUGAGAAAGGCUGAUUGAUUCAGUCGAUCCUGGGCAGGCUGGGGAACUUCGAGGUGGAUUUAAGGGGAGUUCGUAGCGACCGUGCCACCCAAGACGUCAGCGUUUAACUUGUCUGCAAAGUGCUUGUACAGCCAGCGAGCGUUGUAAGGUGGAGGUUUGCACUGAGGGCAAGUUCAAGACACGUUCAGGUCUGGUCAGAAUGUGGAAGCUUUAGAGUGGGUGCAGAGGAGAUUUCGCAGGAUGCUGCCUGGAGUUGAGAGCAUGUCCUGCAAAGAAAGGUAGAACAUGCUAUGGAAUAGAGAUGUUUCCUGGACAUCUCUGGAGGUUGUUCACCAACUGAGUCAGCAAUUGUGAAACUAAUCCAAAACUGACACACUGUCAAUGGGAAGCGAGGUCUACAGUUCUGAAGCAACUUAAUUGCGCUCCACAAUAUAAGAUAAGCUCAGCAUGCCGCGAAGUCCAACAUCAAGUGAAGAUGAGAUGGCACAGAGUAUUUCUGAUUAUUCUGUUGAAUCUGAAUCCGACAGCUCUAAAGAAGAGACAAUCUAUGACACCAUCAGGGCAACGGCAGAGAAACCCAUCACCAAGAUGGAAGACACGCAGAGCAACACACUGGUCAUCAGAGUCCUCAUCCCUGACUUACAGCAAACGAAAUGUAUGCGAUUUGAUCCUGAUGCUACAGUGUGGGUGGCCAAGCAACGCAUCCUGUGCACCCUCAACCACAGUCUGAAGGACGUGCUGAAUUAUGGCCUGUUCCAACCAGCCAGCAAUGGAAGAGAUGGCAAAUUUUUGGAUGAGGAGCGUCUGCUCAAAGAAUACCCCCAGCCCAUCAACAAAGGAGUCCCCUCCCUGGAGUUUUGCUACAAAAAAAGGGUAUACAAGCAAGCACAUAUCGAUGAGAAGCAAAUUUCAAAGCUUCAUACGAAGGCCAACCUGAGAAAAUUUAUGGACCACGUUCAACAUCGUGCUGUUGAGAAGAUUGCGAAAAUGCUGGAUCGAGGACUGGAUCCCAACUAUUAUGACUCAGAGACUGGAGAAACUCCGCUGACAUUAGCCGCCCAGCUCGAAGUCCCAGUGGAGGUUAUCAAGGCUUUACGGAAUGGUGGCGCACACCUGGAUUUCCGCGCCAAGGAUGGCGUGACUGCGCUGCACAAAGCCGCCAGGGCCAAGAACCACAAGGCGCUCAUGACGCUGCUGGAACUUGGAGCUUCUACAGACUACAAGGACAGCCGUGGGCUGACUCCGCUCUACCACACUGCGAUGGUCGGAGGAGACCCUUACUGCUGUGAACUGCUGCUGUACGAGCACGCCUUCAUCGGCUGUAAAGAUGAAAAUGGGUGGCAGGAGAUCCAUCAGGCAUGUCGUUAUGGCCAUGUUCAACAUGUAGAACAUCUGCUUUUCUACGGGGCUGAUAUGGAAGCACAGAAUGCCUCAGGCAAUACAGCACUCCACGUCUGCGCCCUUUACAAUCAGGAAAGCUGUGCACGAGUUCUAUUGUUUCGUGGAACAAACAAAGAAGUGAAGAAUUACAACAGCCAGACUCCAUUUCAGGUGGCGAUAAUAGCAGGCAAUUUUGAAUUGGCUGAAUUUAUCAAGAAUCACAAAGAAACUGAUAUCGUGCCAUUUCGAGAGGCACCAACGUACUCGAACCGGCGACGAGGACCUCAGAGUACGCUCUCCGCACCGCGGGUCCUGCUGCGCUCCAACAGUGACAACAACCUGAACGUCAACGACAUCCCAGAGUGGACCGGCAACCAAUCCGCCACGCCUCACCGAAGCCUUUCCCCACAACUCCUGCAACAGAUGCAGAACAAUCCCAAUGGCACUGUGAAAAGCGGCAGUGGAACCCAUGGCUCGCGCAGUCGCUCGCCGUCCCUGAACAGGAUCGGAGAGGAGGUUCAGAGGCCGCAGCACCGGCAGAUCAGUCCUGCCAUUAUUAAAGAAGCUGCCUCAGGAUUGGAGAGCCAGGGAUCCAAGCGUAAGCUUUAUAGCGCAGUGCCUGGAAGGCAGUUUAUCGUGUUGAGGUCCUAUCAGCCUCAAGGAGAUGGGGAGAUUCCUCUCAGCAAAGGAGACAGGGUGAAAGUUCUGAGUAUCGGGGAAGGUGGAUUCUGGGAAGGCAGCUGUCGAGGAAGGGUUGGAUGGUUUCCUGCUGAAUGUGUGGAGGAAAUACCGGCAAAUGAAGCCAAGCCAGAAACACGUACGGACAAAGCAAAGAAACUAUUCAGGCAUUAUACAGUUGGAUCUUAUGACAGUUUUGAUGCUGCCAGCGACUGCAUCAUUGAAGAGAAGACAGUUAUCCUGCAGAAGAAAGACAAUGAGGGCUUUGGAUUUGUGCUCCGUGGGGCGAAAGCUGAUACACCAAUUGAGGAAUUUACUCCAACUCCAGCCUUUCCUGCACUCCAAUACUUGGAAUCAGUGGAUGAAGGUGGCGUGGCUUGGCAGGCGGGACUGAGAACGGGAGACUUCUUAAUUGAGGUCAAUAAUGAAAACGUGGUGAAGGUCGGCCACAGGCAAGUGGUGAACAUGAUUCGUCAGGGAGGAAAUCACUUGGUGUUAAAAGUUGUCACCGUAAGCAGAAAUAUGGAUCCAGAAGAUACAGCUAGAAAGAAAGCGCCACCACCUCCAAAGCGGGCUCCAACCACGGCAUUGACGCUGCGCUCCAAGUCCAUGACCUCAGAACUCGAAGAUCUAGCAACGCUACGGAAAAAGAGGACCGAUCUUGAUCCAUCACAUUUAGAGGGUUUGAAGAGGAGGACUGCUUUUCAAACCACACUAAACAAGCUCGAUGAAAUAGUAUCAAAUCCCAAACAGUCAAGGGCUGCGGAAAAUGCAACGGUCGACUCACGAGUUGCAACAAUCAAACAGCGUCCAUCCAGCAGGUGCUUUCCUUCAACUGCAGAUGCAAAUUCAAUCUAUGAUCGCCAGGGUAUUGCUGUAAUGCCUCCUACAGUCCCAGGGAGCCAUAACAGCCCCUAUCUAGAAAUUCCACGUGGAACUAUGCGAAGGCAGAAAUCUAUAGGUAUGUUAGAAGAAGAGAAACAAUUCUUAGCUCCUCCACUACUGAAAUUUACCAGAAGUUUGUCGAUGCCAGAUACUGCUGAAGAUAUCCCACCUCCCCCAUCAGUUUCCCCUCCUUCACCACCUUACAACACACCCAAGCCCUCUGGUCCACGGAGUUAUGGUACAAUAAAGCCGGGCUUCAAUCAUAACUCUGGGUUAAGAACCCAUAAUUCCAACAGACCAGAGAGCACAGGAACAAUUAGUUCAGAGAGGCAGAAGAAAGCCAUGUAUUACCGGCAAGAUUCCCAACAAUAUUCCGUGGAUUCUGAGGACCAGUACAAGCCUAACACUAGCUCACACCAGACCAUGCGUAACAGGAGGGGCAACAUGCCAGAGAACCCAUACUCUGAUGUCGGGACCACCGGAAAUAAGGCCGUGUACGUCCCUGCCAAGCCAGCCAGAAGGAAAGGCCAGCUGGUGAAGCAAUCCAAAGUGGAAGACAGUCCGGAGAAAACGUGUUCAAUACCCAUCCCCACCAUCAUUGUGAAGGAGCCUUCUACCAGCAGCAGCGGCAAAAGCAGCCAGGGGAGUAGCAUGGAAAUCGACACCCAGGUCUCGGAGCAUCAGGGCCACCUCAGGCCCGACGAUGGCUUCUGUAACCCGUUUGCGGCGGCGAUCGCUGGGGCAGUGAGGGACAGGGAGAAGAGGAUAGAAGCCAAGCGCCACUCCCCCGCCUUCCUCUCGACGGACAUGGGGGACGAAGAUGUGGGGCUGGUGCCCAGCGGGCGGCUGAGGCACUCCAAGUCGAUUGACGAAGGGAUGUUCGGCAAUGAGGAGCGGUACAGUCACCUCAUGGUGCCGUCGUCCAAAGCCAGCGGCACCAAUUACAGCAGCACGGAAACCAACACACAGCGGAUGCACACCAGCUCGAGGAUACUGAACAUCGCCUCAAAGAAGGAAGACAUCGAGUGCAAUGACGGAAAUGCAGUGAGUGCGUCCAACAUUCCCAAUGAUAACAGUAAUUACGUGCACCCGGUAACGGGAAAAGCGCUGGAUUCCAACACCCCUUUGGCCAUGGCAUUGGCGGCAAGAGGGCGGGUAACGAAAGAUCAGCCUCUGCAAAAUGCCGGAAAAGCCGAACCCGCCAAACCUGAGCUCACCAAGCCCCUCUAUAUCGACACAAAGACGGCAGCCUCGACCUCGGGCUCGGCCAAAGCAAACCCAACCCCAGUGGCUCCGAGGAAGGAAGUCCACCCGAAACCGGAGGUAGACACGGGGAAGGAGGAGGAGGAGAAGAAGAAGGGUGACGAGAAGAAAGCAGCGCCUGCCGAUGGGCCCGAGGCCUCGGCCGGGCUGCUGAUGGUGCACUCGGAGGCCGGAACCAAGCCCCGGGAGGAGGGCAGGAACGCGGAAGGUGAGGCAGGGAACCCGCCGGCGAGCACCACCUGGGACCGGCAGGGAGCAGCAGGCAAGACCAUCAUCACUGUCAGUUCCGUCGAAGACGCAGCCGUGCUGCCAUUCCGCAUCCCGCCACCGCCGCUGGCCUCCAUCGACGUGGACGAGGACUUCCUCUUUACCGAGCCACUGCCUCCGCCACUGGAGUUCGCCAACAGCUUCGAGAGCACAGAGGACCCACCGGCCAUCCCGUCCCUCUCCGAUCUGCUGCGGCAGAACAAAGCGGCCACACUGCCCCCACCGGUCAGGAAGGAGGGCGGCGGUGUGCCUCCCGAGGCAAAGAAGCCCCUAGGUCUCUCCGACUCAUUGCCACCAAACUUUGCCGCUGCCCCACGGGAGACCACCGAGAGCGUUAUUGAUUCAGGGAUCGAAGAGGUGGAUAGCCGCAGCAACAGUGACCACCACUUGGAAACGACAAGCACUGUCUCCACCGUUUCCAGUAUCUCCACGCUGUCCUCUGAAGCAGGGGAGAACCUAGAUACUUGCACAGUCUAUGCAGAUGGGCAAACAUUUCUCAUUGACAAGCCCCCAGUCCCUCCAAAGCCAAAAGUCAAGCCCAUUAUCAAUAAAAAUAAUGCAAUUUACAAAGACGCUUUAAUAGAGGAAAACUUUGAUGGUCUGUUCAUGCCACCACCUGCACCACCUCCACCACCGGGUCCCAUCCCACCUGAAACACUUAAAUCCCCACAGCAGAGGACCUCAAAGCUAUGGGGCGACGGGCCAGAUAUAAAGGCUCCAGCAGCCACAGACGCAAAGGCAAACGUCAUUAGUGAACUGAACUCCAUACUACAGCAGAUGAACAAGGACAAGGUGCCCAAACCAGCAGAGGCCUUGGAUUCACCUUCGGUGUCCAGAGGAGUCCUUUACGGCACAAGGAUUCCUGAUGGAGUGACCAGUAGUUCAGGGGUACAACGGAACGCAACUGUUACCUUCACCAUUCGGCCGGGAAGCAGCCAGCCCAUCACGGUUCAGAACCGGACAUCAGAUUUUGACAGCAUGACCAUUUUGAAACGAGCUCCGAGUCCCGUGGCCUCCCCUACGGACGCUGGCCAAGUUCCUAGACCUUCCUCUCUCCCGACCUCAGCUUUGUCACCUACUCUUUCUGACGGUUUUGGAUUCCAAAGUCCACCGAUUCCAGGAGAAGGUCACUUUAGCACCCAGCCAGGACGCAGUAGGUCCCCCUCUCCAUCCACUUUGCAACAGCCAGUCUCGAACAAACCUUUUGCAUCCAAGGGUGUCCUCCUAUGGACUAAACAUGAUGUGGCUGACUGGCUAGACACGUUGAACCUUGGAGAACACAAAGAUGCAUUUUUGGAUAAUGAAAUAGACGGGACCCAUUUACCAUCACUUCAGAAGGAGGACUUAAUCGACCUCGGGGUGACAAGAGUCGGACAUCGAAUGAAUAUAGAGCGGGCUUUAAAACAGCUACUAUCAGAUAGAUAGACAGUUGUUUGAAUGCUUUUCAAAGUAACUAAAAGAUCUCUCAUUAUUUUUGUCAGCAGCCGACAUUCACCUUAGCUCUGGCUGGAAUAUAAUGUGCCAGUGGGAUAUUUUUAAAAAGCUCAGCAUGAACGAUUUUUCCGAUUAAAGCCUCUGGUACGUUUAUAAGCACAAUAGGCUGUCAGUAUCAGUGGCUUGUCACUCUCACAAUGCCAUGUGCCACUGGUGUGCUGGGAUGAGUGCAGGAGUGAAGAUCCUUUUGCGGUGUAAAUAUACUACAGCAUAAUCUAUAUUUUGAACAAUGACCUUUUAAUAUUGACCUCACAUGGACAGGUGUCUUAAAGAUACUGUAGUUGAACCAGCAGAGCUGUGUUAUAUACUUUCUAUCUUUGCUAGUACAAUAUUUCUUCACAAGGAUCACAGUAAUUUAGAAGAUGCGCAGCAAAAUCUGUUUUACUCCUCUUUUUCCUUUUGGACAAGAAGUGAAGCUGAUUAUUUUUUUCCUUUCUGCUGAGCAGUCUAAUCAUUUAUCGGUAUGGCACGAGGAGGGGAAAAAUAAGUAUGAAGCUCUUUUAACUUUUCACAUUUUGACACACUGCUCUCUUAUGAUGGGGAAUUGUCGUAGCAUUUGUCCAGUUCUUUCCUCGAGAGUUAAUGCAGGUUUGUUUUUGUUGUUUGAGCGUCUUUUUCCAAAGCUGUUGUCAAGGGCCAUUCUUGGGAACAGUGAAAAUGGUGUUGAAACUAACCAUUUAUCGUCUUCCAUAGGAGUAUUGGUGAUUUACCACAAUUGUUUACUAGAGCAUUUGGGAGGUCUCUGAACGGGCCAUAUCUAUAUUCAGUUUCAGAGCCGAUUGGUGUGCUUGUUUGAGCUGGGAGGGAAAGCCUAUUUUGCUUACUAGAAAUGUGUAAAACAAAAAAAAGAGGUUUCUAUUUGUCAUUUUUAGCUGCUAUUUCCCAUGGUCAUAGGCCAAAGAAUUGGAUCUUGGCACAGCGUGUAAGCUAUCUGAAGAAUAUAGUCACGCAGUACAUUUUGGAUUGUGCGCUGUCAGGUUGAACUUGAUCAGACUGCUUUUUGGAGCAAUGGUUAUUAGUGGGUGAUUUCAGUCUAUGCUUAUGGCUGGACGCUGAUCGCAGCCAAUGAAAUUGACCACAACGGCAGAGCAUCAGGCCCUAUGACACAUUCUAUCCGCCAUUUAACAUAUUCACUCUCUAGGUCUGCAGUUUUGUUGCAUAUUGUAAUUAGAACUGGCAAUCUUACAUGCUUAGUUUGUGUAACGAUAGUGUAUACAGUACCAAAUCUCAAGAGAUGUAAAUUGUGUGUAACAUAUAGGAGGAAACCCCCAUGUAUGGGAGAUUUGAGUGCACUUCAAACUAUUAAACAUCAGCAUAUACAAUUAUCUGUGACUGUUGGGAACAUUUUAAUUCACAGGUUUUAUAUCUUUGCCCAGCUCCUAGUAUUUAUUUGUGGUAUUAUCAUUUAGCUACAUAGCUGAUUCACUGAACUUUUCUGUAAUCGCAGCUGCAGAAAUUAUCCAGUUGAUCUGGCAAUGAUUACAUCAAUGAGCCUACAAUAUCAUUUUCUUUACAAAUAAUAGUAAUUUAAUUUUUACAUUUUCUUUUGCUAGUGCAUUAAGAUGUAUCUCACUAUAAUUUGUGCAAAAGACUUGUGUUCAGGUUAUUAACGUUGCUGUAACUUCUGUGAUUUAUAUAUCUUCAUCUAGAGUCCAUUACAAGGUCCUGUAACUUGCACUUUCCCAACUCCUCAAUAACUUGUAUGGCAACCAAAUUAUUAUAUGAGAAAUAAAUAUUAUAACAGUGAUUAAAAGUUGUGUUAAUGACUGUAGAGGUGACACCCAUUAACCAAGACUCAUCAAUUCCUUUGCUAUUCACCCGUGUUGGUUACAGUUCCAGCAACUAGAGAUGGAGUUUAGGUUCUAUUUUACAAUUUUAAUAAUGCCAUUUUCCCCCAACUUCUGAGCUUCUCUCUGUUCAAGGUCCCUCCCUAUUAAAUGCCACAUAUAGAUCAGAAGGGCAAAAUUUGCUGGCAGAUUCACUCUCCCUCCAUCCAUUUCACUUUUUUUUCCUCUGUCCCCUUCCUUUUCACUGUUCAUUUCCCUUUUUCAGCCAAGUUCACUCCUUUGUUUCACCUCUCCCAUUCUGCCUGUCCCUCAUCUUUUUCACUUUGUCUUCACCUGAAUCUGCCUCCAACUUCUCCUUUCCUCUCAACCUCUUUCCUCAUCACACUGUCUCCCUCUUUCAUUAUAUAUUUGCCUUUGAUUCUUCCCACCAUUCUCUCUCCUUCUCACUUCCCCCUUGCCUCCUUCUCCCAUUUCAUUCUCCCUAAUCAUAUCCAUUCACUCCUCACCCUUGCCAUUAUCCCUCCCUCCUCCUCUCCCCCACCCCCAACCACC